UCAGGCCGUAUAUGGAGCUGAAGGCCGGAAGUUUAUAAACGUCACGUCUGCUGCUCCCAGACACGCUGAUGCAGGGAAGGAUGCUCCACUCUGGACUCUGUUUCCCCUAGAGCUCAGAACUUUAGCUCCGCAUCAGGCACACGGGGAAGAAAAGGAAAACCUCCGGUAAGUAACGUCAUGACCGAAAUUUUCAAUUCCACGGUUCUGGAAACCAUCGAGUCGCCAUCUCUCCUCACAGUGGUGGAAAAUGUAUUCCAUACACAGCACCAGCUAAACGUGGUCGAAAAGCUAUGGGCAUCGUGGUACGCGUACAUGCAAAACGACACGCUCGCAACAGGCCUGCUCUUCUUUCUCGCCCACGAGCUCUUUUACUUCGGGAGAUGUCUUCCAUGGUACGUAAUUGACAAAAUCCCCUACUUCAGACGGUGGAAGAUUCAACCAACAUACAUACCCUCCGACAAGGAGCAGUGGGAGUGCAUGAAGUCGGUGUUGAAGUCCCACUUCCUAGUGGAAGUGUUCCCAAUCUGGACCUUCCACCCGUUGUGCAAGUCUCUAGGCAUCAGUGUCAGUGUUCCCUUCCCACCAUUCACCACCAUGCUGAAAGAGUGGGCUCUGUUUUUCGUCCUAGAAGACAUGUGGCAUUAUUGGGCCCACAGACUGUUCCACUAUGGCCCGUUCUAUAGAUACGUCCACAAGCAGCACCACAAAUACGCCGCUCCUUUCGGCUUGACUGCUGAAUAUGCACACCCGGCCGAGGUUAUUAGCCUAGGCGCUGGUACAGUGUGCUUCCCCAUCUUGUACGCCUACAUCUACCGUGACUUGCACUUGUUCACCUUGACCUGUUGGAUCAUUCUCAGACUCAUGCAGGCCGUGGACUCACACUCGGGGUACGACUUUCCAUGGUCUUUGCACAACUUUGUUCCGUUCUGGGCUGGUGCCGAGCACCAUGAUCUUCACCACCACUAUUUCAUUGGUAACUACGCAUCUUCCUUUAGGUUCUGGGAUUAUGUCCUCGACACUGAAGCCGGUCCAGAAGCCAAGGCAGAAAGAGAAGCAAGAAGAAAGGCUAAGGCCGAAACCGCUGCAAAAAAGCAUCUCUAAUCAAUAUUUCAGCGUACGCACGAGUCACCUAUUCUCAAACCCACACAUGGACCGACUCUGUAUCAUAUAUAAAUAAUUACAUCGAUCUUUCCAUAAAUGCCUAAUCAUAGAUAUAACGAAUUAUUUCAUGUACUGGAUUACGUAAGUACAAUAUUUUUCCUUCUCAC